AAAAACUUCAACAUAAAUCUUAUUACAUCACAUUCCGGUCCGUGACAUUGAUGAGUUUAACCUCAAAAAUUUCGUAACUUGCAAAAUCACUUAUUUUCCGCCGGUUAUUCAAAUAAAAUCAGUUAAAAUGGCCAGUUUGUUUUCUUCGUUGAUCAGAAAGGCGCCCCAAUUGAUAAAAUCAGCUGCCCCGGUUGUCAGGUGCAAUGCCGUCAGAACAAUCUCCAUGAGCCAUUGUCUCGCGUCGCCGCAAGUCCAACAUCCUGCUCCAGAUUUCAGUGGGGUCGCAGUGGUGAACAACACCUUCAAAAACAUCAAGCUGAGUGACUACAAAGGCAAAUACGUUGUCUUAGUGUUCUAUCCACUAGACUUCACAUUUGUCUGUCCAACUGAGCUCAUUGCCUUAGACGACAGGAUUGAGGACUUCAGGGCAUUGAAUGCAGAAGUUAUAGGAUGUUCGAUUGAUUCCCAAUUCUCUCACUUGGGUUGGAUCAAUACCAAAAGAUCUGAAGGUGGUUUAGGACAGAUUAGGUACCCACUUCUUUCAGAUAUCAAUAAAGAGAUUUCCAGGAAAUAUGAUGUGUUGAUUGAAAGUGAAGGCAUUGCUCUUAGGGGCAUGUUCAUUAUUGACCCAAAUGGCAUUUUAAGGCAAAUUACUGUGAAUGAUUUGCCCAUCGGCAGAUCUGUUGAUGAAGCCUUGAGGGUUAUUGAAGCACUGCGAUUUGUAGAGGAACAUGGAGAAGUUUGCCCUGCCAAUUGGAGAAAAGGACAGAAGACCAUCAAACCAGACCCAGAAGGUUCAAAGAAAUAUUUUGGAUCAGUGAAUUAAAUCUAGUUGCAUUUUUUGAAGUUUUUUGGAUGGGUUCAGAAGGACCAAAUUGAUAUUUGUUUGUGCAGUUGAUAUUUUUAAAUAAAAUUUAUGUGAUUGGUUAAA